CUCUCUCACCACCCAUCGGCGUCAUAAACCUCAACCUAGAGACUGCACGAAUGGGAGGAUCUGCAAAUUGCAAAUAGUCAGGAGAGGACCACCGUCGAAGCACAAUGUCGGCUGAGCAUAUUCCACUGCAGCUCAUGCCGCAGCAGCUGCAGGCAGGCAAGGGAGACGAUUGGACAGGCAAAAGCGACCCCAGGGAGAGGAAGAAGCUGCAAGAUCGGAUCAAUCAGAGAAUUAGCCGUCAACGAAAAAGGGCCAGAGCUGUACCUUAUCCCGCACCAAGCGCAAGGGACCAUUGUACAGAUAUAUCACCUACUAGUCGACACUCCACUACCUUUGAUCCAAACACGCUUUUGCAGCUGCAUGACAAUGGCCUUCCGUUCAUCGACGAUCUAAGCUCCUUUACCGCUUGCCGACCGGAUUCCGAAGAGACACAGCAGCUUAUCAACCGAUUUUCCGCGUGGAUAUCCCAACGGUAUCUGCAGGGGUGUCUGGAGACAGAGACCCUCCCAAGCCUAGUUCAAUUCAAUACCACACGGUCUUUUGUUGCUAAUGCUCAGACCCUCGGGUACACCUCGUGGCUCAUGUCACCCAGCGCGCGAUCCCACUUCAGUCCAGCGGACCUUAACAAGUCCCUCUCUAACAGUCUCCCGGCUAGUCUUCGGCCCACUGCUCUUCAAUGCAGUGUACCCCACCACCCCUGGAUUGAUCUACUUCCAGUUUCCGAGCUCCGCGACAAUCUCUUACGUCAGGGUGAAACUACGUAUGAUGCACGGCAGCUAUGUCGCGACAUGCGUGGGUUUCAAGCCGUGAGUAGUGGAUACGGCGGCGUGAUUGUGUGGGGGGAUCCAUGGGACCCGGAAGGCUGGGAAGUGACCGAGGCUUUUGCGCAGAAGUGGCCUUGGGUUGUUCGGGGAAAUCGGAGUUUGCUUCAAUCGAGCAACCACUGGCGUGCAAAGAGGCAUGAGUCUGCACUUCAUUUCCAGUGUCACAUGGUGAAUAAUCUUGGGGAGCAUCCACGCGUUCAAGAAAUCAGGGAGGAUGUGUAAUUGCCGGAUUAUUGUCGCGAUGUACUGUUGAAUUGUUCUGGUAAUGCAAUCUUGGUGGGAGGAAAAGAGUAAAAAAGAAGACUGCCAAGAAGCGAAGAGAGUAUUAUUUCAAUUUCAAUUCCAAAUUCCUUUU